AUGGCGACCAAGGUCGUGCAUAUUGAAGUUGUUGAUGAUCUUUCAUCACCCGCAUUCUUAGAUGCAUUUACGCGAUUUAUAAGUAGACGAGGUCCAUGUCGAGAUCUCUAUAGUGACAACGGUACUACGUUCACAGGCGCUAACCGUUUGCUUAAAGAAGACUUGGCUGCUUGGCAGAACGACAACAACCAACAAAGUUUGGCGAAUCUCGGUACUCAUUGGCACUUUAUCGCUCCCAGCGCUCCUCAUCAAGGUGGGCUCUGGGAGGCUGCGGUAAAAUCUGCCAAAUAUCAUUUGGUGCGCCUCGUUGGAGCGCAGUUAUUAUGGUAUAGCCAACUUCAGACUUUGGCGACACGCAUUGAAGCAUGCCUAAAUUCUCGUCCGCUAACACCUAUAUACGAUGACCCCAAUGAUAAGUUAGCUUUGACCCCUACCGACUUUCUGGUUGGCGCUCCACUGGUUGCAGUCCCUGAAGCUAACAUCAGAACAAUUCCGUCCAACCAUAUUAAGCACUGGCUCUGGCUGCGUUAG